UUACGUCGUGUGUCAAAGUUUGUCAGUUUGACAGCGAAUAUCAAAACAAUUAGGUUAUAUCCACGUGUGUGUGUACGUGAGUGUACUGCCGGCUGGAAUUAUUUGAAAUUUAAUUGAAAAAUCCCUAAAAUGGCAGAAACGGGAGGAGAAAAACUUUCAAAAAACGAGUUAAAAAGGCGCUUAAAAGCCGAACAGAAGGCGAAAGAAAAGUCUGAAAAGGCCACCGCCGCUGCGGCAGCGGCCCCCACAGAAGCCAAGAAAAAAGAUAAGUUUUCCGAGGAAGACAUUAGCCCCAAUGAAUAUUUCAAGUUAAGGUUAAACGCCGUUGAGCAUUUAAAGUCUUUGGGAGGCGCCCAUCACCCUUACCCGCACAAAUACCACGUUACAACCUCACUGGAAGAGUUCAUAGAAAAAUAUUCUUAUUUAAAAGACAAUGAGGUGUUGGAGAGUGAAAUUAUUAGUGUCAGUGGUAGGGUGCACGCUAUUAGAGCCUCAGGGGCCAAAUUAAUCUUUUACGACUUAAGAGGUGAGGGCACUAAACUUCAAAUCAUGGCCACAGCAAAACAGUAUGAGAGUGAGCAACUGUUUGAAGAAGAUACCGAUAAGAUUAGAAGGGGGGACAUUAUUGGGGUCAAAGGGGUUCCUACCAGGACUAAAAAAGGAGAAUUAUCAGUAAUACCUCAUAGGUUGACUUUACUGUCGCCAUGUUUACAUAUGCUGCCCCAUUUACAUUAUGGUUUGAAAGAUAAGGAGACCCGGUUUAGGCAGAGGUACUUGGAUCUGAUUCUUAAUAGUAAUGUGAGGAAGAUCUUUCAAACUAGAGCAAAGAUUAUUGCUUAUAUUAGGAAAUUUUUUGAUGAACUUGGUUUUUUGGAAAUUGAAACUCCUAUGAUGAACAUGAUUGCUGGAGGGGCAACUGCCAAACCAUUUGUGACCCACCACAACGAACUAAACAUGGACCUCUUCAUGAGAAUAGCCCCGGAAUUAUACCACAAAAUGCUGGUAGUCGGAGGGUUCGAUAGGGUCUAUGAAAUAGGCAAACAAUUCAGAAAUGAAGGCAUAGAUCUUACACAUAAUCCCGAAUUCACCACCUGUGAAUUUUACAUGGCUUACGCUGACUAUCAAGAUCUAAUCAGUAUUACUGAAUGUUUACUUGCCGGAAUGGUGAAGCAGAUACAUGGCACUUAUAAGGUGAAAUACCAUCCUGACGGUCCGGAGGGUGCUGAGGAAGAAAUCGACUUUACUCCCCCAUUUAAGAGGGUGCAAAUGAUCCCAAGCUUAGAAGAGGCUCUUGCUGUUAAGUUUCCUCCUGCUACAGAGUUUGGCACGGCGGAAACGAAUAAGUUCUUAGACGAACUGUGUGCCAAACACAAUGUUGAGUGUCCGGCACCGAGAACCACUGCCAGGUUAUUAGAUAAGCUCGUAGGAGAGUUUAUCGAAGAAAAAUGCAUUAAUCCGACGUUCAUUAUGGAACAUCCGCAGAUUAUGAGUCCCUUGGCUAAAUGGCACCGGUCUAUCCCAGGAUUAACGGAGAGAUUCGAACUGUUUGUUAUGAAGAAGGAGAUUUGCAACGCCUACACCGAGUUAAACGAUCCGAUGGUGCAAAGGCAAAGAUUUGAGGAACAGGCGAAAGAUAAGGCGGCGGGAGACGAGGAGGCUCAACUUGUCGAUGAGAACUUCUGCACGGCACUGGAAUAUGGUCUGCCACCCACCGGAGGAUGGGGUAUCGGUAUCGAUAGAUUAACAAUGUUUUUAACUGACAAUAAUAAUAUUAAGGAAGUUUUGUUGUUCCCAGCAAUGAAACCGGAUGACCCCAAUAGGAACAAGGAUGAUAAGGAGAAGGAGAGUGAAACACCAAAACCAAAUUAAUAUCGUAUUUAUUUAUUUAUUUUAUGUUCGAUUGAAUUUAAGCAUUAAACUUUCAGUUGAAGCUUUAA